AUGUCAGAAUCAGCUAAACCUUACUUUGCAAUGAUCUGUCUUCAGUUCGGCUACGCCGGCAUGAAUCUUGUUACUAAAACCGUCCUUGACCACGGUAUGAGCCAUUACGUUCUUGUUGCAUACCGCAACGCUUUUGCCACAGCUGCUAUCGCACCUUUUGCAAUUCUCUCCGAAAGGAAAGUGAGGACAAAGAUGACGUUUCCAAUAUUCAUGCAUAUAUUUGUUCUUGCUCUUCUCGGGCCUGUGAUUGAUCAGAACUUAUAUUACAUCGGUCUGAAACUCACAUCUCCGACGUUUUCCACCGCCGUCAGCAAUAUCGUGCCGGCAGUGACCUUUAUCCUCGCCACUCUUUUCAGGAUGGAGAAAGUGGAGAUGAGAAAAGUAAGAUGCCAAGUAAAAGUGGUGGGGACUUUAGUGACAGUGGUUGGUUCCAUAUUGAUGAUAUUCUACAAAGGUCCUUUCAUCAAUUCCUUCAAAUCUAACCUCACCACCACCUCCACUUCGCCUCUGGCCGGUGAUUAUUUAAAAGCCACCGGCUUCCUCCUCGUCGCCUCCCUCUCAUGGGCUUCGUACUUUGUACUUCAGGCAUCAACUUUGAAGAAAUACUCAGCCCAUCUAUCGUUAUCAACCAUGGUGUGUUUCAUGGGAACGUUACAAUCCCUAGCCCUGGCCUUUGUAAUGGAACAUAAUCCUUCUGCUUUGAACAUCGGCUUCGACAUGAACCUUCUCGCCUCUGCUUACGCGGGAAUAAUGUCAUCGAGCAUAGCUUACUACGUUCAAGGACUUAUGAUGCAGCGAAAGGGUCCUGUCUUUGUCACAGCAUUUAACCCUCUUAUCGUCGUCAUAGUAUCAAUCAUGAGCUUCUUCGUUCUUGGCCAAGGAAUCUACCUUGGAGGGGUUAUUGGAGUGGUAGUUUUAACGGUGGGAGUCUACGCCGUCUUAUGGGGCAAGCACGUGGAUGAUGAAUGCGAAGAAAUACGCCGGGAAGAUAACGUUUUAGAAGCCAUUAAGUGUUGUAGUGGCAAUAAUGGUCUCUCGAUAAUGCCAACGAUCGAUGAAGCUGGUGAGGAUGUUGAAACCGGGAAAGUUACGGCGGCGGAGAAGGAAUCAUCGGUGGUGGUUGUUGUUUUUUGUAGUGAGAAUGUGGAUAACGUUUCACGAUGCUAA